AUGGCAAAAUUAUGGUUUAUAUUUGGGAUACUGUUGUCCCUACCAUCAUUCUUCGCCUGUACUCCUGUUUCAUGUGACUUCGAAACUCUCAUUGGAGAUGAUUCCAGGUUCUGCAGUGGUAACCUUCGUGUCAUAUACCCAAACAUGGGUGAUGUUUCCUGUAUUUACAUACCCAACUGCUUUGAGUACCCAGACAGUUUAACCAAAGUUUGGGGCCCUCCUUGGAUCAAAUUCCUCAAAGCCAAACCAGAAGAGAUGUAUACUUUGAUUAUGGUAGACCCUGAUGCUCCAAGCAGGUUCCGGCCAAUACAAAGAUUCUGGAGACACUGGCUGGUCACUAAUAUACCAGGUCAUGUUCUUCUUAGAGGAAGAGAUGUAACAGGGAAUAUUUUAUCUCAAUACUCUCGACCAAAUUCACAAGCACAGUCAGGAUAUCACAGAUACCAAUUCCUGCUCUACAUGCAAUAUCCAGGGUUUUCCCCAUCACUUCUCCCUGGAGAAGAACAUCUUGAUUCUUGGGAUGUUAAUGCUUUUGUACUACGUUGGAUUCCAAGAGAUCCAGUCGCUACCACUCAGUUUAUGCUCCAACAUCCUGACCAUUCUCAUCUUUGGAAUUUUGACUAA